UUAGAUGAGAAUACAGCCAUUCUUAGCUUAUACCGAAAUACAGAUGAAGAUCAACACCAGAUGAUGAAUGAUCAGUUGGUUGACGAAAGCAUGGAUAAUCCUAGGAAUGCUGAGAAACUACAGAAUAAAGCACUUAUUGAACAAAUCUCCUUGGAAAUCAUAAAAGGAGGCACUAUUCCAUCAUAUUUAGAAAAUUACUAUGAAUUGGAUACAAGAGGUGGACUUUUUGAAAUUAAAAUGAAGGAUGGAAAAGAAAUUGUAAGCUUGAAGCAGAUUAGUGAUGAAGAAAGAAGAGACAAGGGUCAAUUUUCAAGACAAAGAAUUCAAAGUGUAGGGCACAAGCUGUUAACACUCCAGGCUGAGGUUAAAAAUUUAAAAGAGGAAAACAAAAAGCUGAUAGAAAAUUACAAUUCUGAAAGAGUUUUGAGAAAAAAGUAUUACAACAUGUUGGAAGACAUGAGAGGAAAAAUCAGAGUAUUCUGCCGUAUAAGACCCUUGGAUAAAUCUGAAGUAGCUCGUGGAAGUAAAUGUGUUAUUACUUGUCCUGAUGAGUACACGGUAACUGUGGAGAGCACCCGUGGGUUCAAGGAGUUCCAGUUUGACAAAGUUUUUAAUGGCACGAGCACGCAAGAUGAAGUUUUUGAGGAUACAAGCAGGCUAAUCCAAUCAGCUGUGGAUGGCUAUAAUGUCUGUAUUUUUGCCUAUGGACAAACUGGCUCUGGAAAGACAUUUACAAUGAUAGGUGACAAAGAUCUGAGCAAUCCAGGAGUUAUGCCAAGAGCUUUUAAGAGGAUGUUUCAGAUUAUUAAUGAAAACCAAUCAAAGUCAGACUUUAAGGUAUCUGCUUAUAUGUUGGAACUCUAUAAUGAUCGCCUUUUGGAUCUAUUUGUACAUCCAAAUGAGUCAUUUAAUAAGAAGACUGAAAUCAAGAAAGAUAAAAAGGGUCUUGUGUUUGUUCAGGGGCCAGAAGUUAAAGAAGCAUCUAGUGCAGAGGAGCUUUUUGCCCUGUUUGAACAAGGCUGCAGCAACAGACAUAUUGCUGCCACAAGAAUGAAUGCUGAAAGCUCACGGUCCCAUUUAAUCAUUGGGGUCCUAAUUGAAAGCACUAACCUCACCAAUGGAAGCAUAACUUAUGGAAAACUGAGUCUUGUUGAUUUAGCAGGAAGUGAAAGGGCUGCAAAAACCGGAGCAAAAUUUGAGCAGCUGAAGGAAGCAAACUCCAUCAAUAAGUCGCUAAGUGCUCUGAGUGAUGUCAUCUUUGCCCUUUCAACUGAGCAGUCAUUUAUACCGUAUCGCAAUAACAAGCUGACUCAGCUCAUGCAAGACUCCCUGGGAGGAAAUGCAAAAACACUUAUGUUUGUCAACAUCUCUCCAGCAGACUACAAUGCAGAAGAAACUAUCAUUUCACUGGUCUAUGCCACACGUGUUAAAGCAAUAACCAAUAAUGCUGUGAAAAAUAUUGAAAGUAAGGAAAUAGCUCGGCUUAAAGAGAUAAUAUUAAAAUUAAAGUCUGGACAAUCAGUAGAAGAUGACAUUUAA